AUGGGAAUGCAUAGCGAUACGGUGUUAGAUUUAGCUUCAGGUUCAAAAAUUGCUGUUGUAAAUGGACCAUCACAAAUGAAGUUUGAUCUUCCUAGCAAUUCACUUUUUUUACUGAAUGAACAAACAAAUAAACAUUAUGUACAUGGAAUUAGAAAGAAAAGAAAAAAUGAUGUAGAAGAUCGAAUUGCAAUUGUAUUUCGACAUGUAACAACAUUCAAAACUGAUGACGGUCAAUUUUAUGGUUAUGGAUCAGCAUUUUUAACAAAACAAGAUAUUAUGCAAUAA